GCGACUUGGGGAGGCGGCCCCAGUCUUGAGCUUUGCUCUCACCUGGAGGGGGCCCCUCUAGAGGCCGCGCCAAGGACGUUGGAACAAACCCCUCUCUCCCUCUCCACCUGUGCGGGGUGCUGGGGUGACUGCUCACCUCCCCUGCCCGACAGGUGGGCAGCUUGCCAGGAGACCGACCUUCCAGUUCUCAGCGCCACCUCCCGGGCUUUGCUCCUGCUGUUCCUCCACCUUACACUCUCCGCGUGCCUUCAGAUCCUUCACGACCCUCAAGACCCGGCUCCCACAAAGCCGUCUCAGUACUCGGGGUAUAUACAGUGUCCUUGCGGGCGCUCCCCUAACACCUGUUGACUGCGCUAUGUACCAACCCUCCCAGCGCGUCCGCCGCUCCGCAAUGCCCAAGGUCCUAGCACUGCGUGAAUGCUUCCCUAACGUACAACGUAUACAGUAAGCAGUCCAUGACAUCCUGUCAUGAACAGUGACACAAGGAACUGCACGCUAGGGCACAUCUGGGCGGGGCUCCGUUCACACCUGGUCUGCACCUGGUCUCAUCCUGGCUUCACAGGUACUUAGAAGAACAUGUAGUAGAGUUUUUCAUCAAACAAAUGGAACAUAUCGCAGAACUUUGCUAAGAUGGACAACUCCGCACGCAAAGACCAACACCCUGACAAAAAAUAUCCCAGCCAUGCCAGCAAAUUACAGAAAGGUUUUACUGCUGCAUAUCCAACACAAUCCUCCAUUCCUUUUAAAAGCCGGAAUUUAACAAUUCCAGAAUCAGAAAAAAAGGGAUUCAAUAGUCAAGCCAAGAGAUUUUAUUAUAAAAAGGAUAGCAUCCCAGGUCCGGGAUUCUACGACGUCAUUCACCAAUCUCCAGUGUUCAACAGUGCCUCGUUGUCUAAGAAAGGGACGUGCACUUUUCCCUCUAUGCGCGCCCGGUUGGACACCAUUAUUUCUAAAUACCCUGCAGCGAACACAUACACUAUCCCAUCAUGUCUUGUCUCGAAGAAAGACUUCAGUAAUUCCUGUUCCAGCAUGUUCCAGUUGCCAAGCUUUGCAAAAGUCCUCAAAUUUGAAACUCCUGCACCAAACCAGUACAAUACCUCUGUCUCUUACUGCAAGCAGAGAAACAACGUCUGUGCCCAAGCCGGGUUUCUGUCCAAAACCCAGAGAGGAUUUUUCAGUGUCGCUGAAACAGGACCUGCCCCAGCAGAGAGGUCAUUUAUUCUCCUGCUUCUACAAGGCACCUGUAUCUCCCCACCUUUGCCACCACUGGGACAUUAUAAUAUCAACGAAUCCCUUGUGAAGCAGUCGCCAAAGGUAUUAAUGUCUUGUUUUAAAUCAAAAACUGAACGUGGAUUAAAACUGACAUCAACGGGCCCAGGACCUGGUUAUUACAACCCCAAUGAUCACACCAAGAUUCUGAAAAAGACUCUUAUCCCGAGAAACCCCAUCCUGAACUUCUCUGCACAGCCUUUGCCCCUGCCCCCGAAGCCGCCCCUCCCGGGCCCUGGGCAGUAUGAGAUCGUGGACUACGCAGGGCCCCCCAGACACUUCAUCUCCAGUGCGUCGUUUGUGUCCAACACCAGCCGGUGGACAGCGGCCCCGUCCCAGUCAGGCCUGCCAGGCCCAGCCACGUACAGGCCGGAAUUCCCUGGAAAGCAGUCCUUUCUCUACAACGAGGACAACAAAUGGAUCCCGGUGUUGUAGGGCCCUCACACAAGCUCAGGGAGGACCCUGGCCACCAGCUGCCCCACCCAGGAUCCCUAGGACGUUCAUUCAGAGAAUGUCCGUUUCGUGUACGACAGAUGACUCCCUGUGGGCAGUUCUGCGCCCCUCCGCUCCGCCCCAGCUGCUACUGA